AAUCUUAGUACAGGCUCUUCGCUGGAUUCUGAAACAAGUCAUAAGCGCAGGCUUAUGCCUAUGAUGUAUCAAAUGUACGAAAGUCAGUAUGAAGACCUUCGCGGCACCAUUUACGGCCCAGACAGUCCAGACUUUCACCCAGCUCAGGCUAGUGAGACUUUGAGAAAGGCGCUUAGCGGAAUGGAAACCAAGGAUCAAAUUGUGAUCAAUACGCUCUUAUUCCAUAACAACUUUCAACGCCAAAAAAUCCUUAGCGCCUAUGAGGAUAUGUACGGAAGGAAACUGAUCGACGAUCUGGAGGAAGAAGCUGGGGGAUAUUUUCUAGAAACGGCUCAAGCCUUAUUCAAACCCGCGCCUCAGUAUGACACGAUGAAUCUGCAUCGAUCAAUAUCGGUAAGUUACCGAUAUUUCAAUUGA